AUGGUUUACGGUAAUAAAUUAAAUUUCUUAUGGACUUUAGGUUUCUAUCUGGUAGCCAGUCAAAAUCCCACCGUACCUUCCAUCGAAGACAGGAAGUUCAUAGAGGACUGUGUCAGAGCUCACAAUGAAAUGCGUCGCACAGUCCAGCCCUCCGCAGCCAACAUGAAAUACAUGACUUGGGAUGAAGGUUUAGCGAAGACUGCAAAAUCCUGGGCAAACAAGUGCAAAUUAAAACACAACCAAUGUACAGCAAAUAAGUGUCACCCAACUUUUCCAUCUGUGGGAGAAAAUAUUUGGUCAGGUAUUUUAUACCAAUAUAUACCAGCAAUUGCUAUUCGUUCUUGGUAUAAUGAAAGGCAAUUUUAUACUUACAGUAGUCAAGAAUGUACCAAAGUUUGUGGCCAUUAUACACAGGUAGCUUGGGCCAAUUCAUACAAAGUUGGUUGUGCAAUGACAGCUUGUCCUAAUCUUGGGAAAGGUGACCGUGUAAUGUUUGUAUGUAACUAUGGACCUGCGUAA